UUAAUUGAUUUAACGACUGUAGCCCAGAAGCCCACUAUCUGCAGACCAUAAACUACAAAUCCCAUAAUGCUUAAAAUAAGUUCUGACCCCGUCCUAGGCAGACAGAAAUGGCUCACAUGCUGCAAGUGAACACAAAUCUUAAGUGAUCUUUUUUAACUGCUACAAUAAAUGUAAAAGAUUAUCUUUUUUAUAAAGUUUCGGUGUUAUGGUCACGUGGUGAGGUCAAGUUUAGCGGGAAAGAAAAGAUGGCGAGCGAAGUUGCAGGUAGCGUUGCGGAGCAAGUACAAUGUCCCGUUUGUUUUAAGGAUUUCGCGGCGUCAGAAAUCAAUGCCCAUCUGGACAGAUGUUUGUUAAAUAUUGACAGUUGUCCGACAUCAACCAGUAAAGACGAGAACGGACCACCUCUCAAGAAACCUCGCAUUUCUAGCGAAGCGUCGAGUCCAACAGUCAACACGACAGACUCGUCGGAGGCGAGGAAAGGUACCACGCCGCCCUCUCCGGUUUUCAGUAUGUUUCAGACCAACAGAAAUAAGGGUCCACUUCAAAGUGAACGAAAUACAUUUUUAUCGAAUAAACCGAUUGCCAGCACUGCUGUCAGCAAAGGAAUGAAACGUCAUUCACCGGACGAGAUGGGGGCAGGUCAGGCGAUGGGACAGUUUGGCAUCGACCCCCCUGUAUCGAACACACUGAUAAAGACCCCGCGUGAUACAACGCCUGUGCGCGCGCUACUGAAUAUCGAUAAGCCGCUGGCGGAGAAACUGCGACCAACCACGCUGGAGGAAUAUUUCGGCCAAAACAAAGUAGUCGGAGAACACACCCUUCUCAGGUCGCUGUUGGAUUCUCAGGAGAUACCGUCGUUGAUCCUAUGGGGACCACCUGGAUGUGGGAAGACCACCCUGGCCCACAUCAUAGCCAGCGGCAGUAAGAAGAGGGGCACGGCCCGCUUUGUUUCUCUCUCUGCCACCAGCACAUCCACCAAUGAGGUGCGAGAGGUCAUUAAGCAGGCCCAGAAUGAGUUAAAACUGAUGAAGAGGAAGACCAUCCUCUUUAUAGAUGAGAUCCAUCGCUUCAACAAGUCACAACAGGAUACCUUCCUCCCUCAUGUGGAGUGUGGGACGGUGACUCUGAUCGGGGCGACCACGGAGAACCCUUCGUUCCAGGUGAACGCGGCUCUGCUUAGCCGGUGCAGGGUCCUGGUUCUGGACAAGCUAUCUGUGGAGGCAAUGGGGUUGAUCCUGCUCAGGGCCGUCGCUACGCUGGGGAUCAGUGUACUGGGAGAAGAUCUCAACGACCGCAUAGAUCAAGACGAGUUAAACCCAACCGAGCUUGGAUCAGAACCAAAAGUGUAUAUUGAGCAGAAGGCUCUGGACACCAUAGCCCACCUGUGUGACGGCGACGCCCGGGCGGGGCUCAACGGGCUCCAGCUGGCUGUCCAGGCCCGGGUGGGUGCAGCCCGUCCUGGCCAAUCAGGAUCUGGCAGUACCCCACAGGACAUUGUGGUGCAGGAGGAGCAUGUGAAGGAGGGCCUUCAGAGGUCCCAUAUCCUCUACGACAAAGCAGGUGAGGAGCACUAUAACUGCAUCUCAGCGCUGCACAAAUCAAUGAGGGGCUCCCACGAGAACGCUUCCCUCUACUGGCUGGGCCGCAUGCUGGAGGGAGGAGAGGACCCCCUGUACGUGGCUCGCAGACUAGUCCGCUUCUCUAGUGAAGACGUGGGUAUGGCAGAUCCCUCCGCCCUUCCUCAGGCUGUAUCUGCCUUCCAGGCCUGCCACUUCAUCGGGAUGCCAGAGUGUGAGGUGAUCUUGGCUCAGUGUGUGGUGUACCUGGCCAGGGCUCCUAAGUCGGUAGAAAUCUACAAGGCGUACGGUAACGUGAAGGCCAGUCUGAGGAACCAUAAGGGCCCCCUACCCUCUGUUCCCCUGCACCUUCGCAACGCCCCCACCAAGCUCAUGAAGGACCUGGGCUACGCUGAGGGCUACAAGUACAACCCUGCCUUCAGUGCCCCUGUGGAGCAGGACUACCUGCCUGAGGAGCUCCGGGGAAUGAACUUCUUCACCUGGAACCCCUCUGACCUAUAACCUUUGAGGUUGACCCAUGACCUCUGGCAUCUGAGGUCAAGGUUACUGUGAGGGUUAUAAUGCUAAAGAUCAAUUUUUGUGCUAUGAGGACCUCUGAAAAUGCUGCUGGAUCUAACACGAAUAGAACACUUAUGCAUAAGACCAAUUUUGAGUUCAAUGAUGUUAUCACUUUGUUAAAUAAAUGUAAUCUUGUAUUGUAGAUUGUUACCAUUAUGUUGAUAUAUUUUGUUCAAUAGACUGUUAUAAAUAAACAGAGGGACAGUAAUUAGCACCUUUUUUAUUAUAAUAAAUUUUAUCAUCUAGGACUUUCACUGAGUGUACACAACAUUAGGAACACCUUCCUAAUAUUGAGUUGCACCCCCUUUUGCCCUCAGAACAGCCUCAAUUCAUAAGGGCAUGGACUCUACAAGGUGUUGAAAGCAUUCCACAGGGAUGCUGGCCCUGUGAUGUUGACUUCAAUGCUUCCCACAGUUGUCAAGUUGUCUGGAUUUCCUUUGGGUGCUGGACCAUUCUUGAUACACACAGGAAACUGUUGAGCGUGAACAACACCGCAGCGUUGCAGUUCUUGACAGACUCAAACCGGUGCUCCUGGCACCUACUACCAUACCCCGUUCAAAGGCACUUAAAUUGUUUAUUUUGCCCAAAGGUCCCUCUGAAUAGCACACAUGCCCAAUCUAUCAGUCUCAAUUGUCUCAAGGCUUAACAUUUUUUAUUUAACUUGUUUCCACUCCAUCUACACUGAUUGAAGUGGAUUUAACAAGUGACAUGAAUAAGGGAUUAUAGCUUUCACCUGGUCUCACCUGGUCAGUCUGUCAUGGAAAGAGCAUGUUCCUAAUGUUUUGUACACUCAGUGUAUAUGGGAGGUUUUUUCCAUUUUGAGCCAUUGUCUGCAAAUGAAAGAUAAUUACAUUAAAGGUAAUGUCAUGCAGUA